AAACGAAAAACGAUAGGCACGAAUCGACGACGUCUUCGAUUGCCGUAUGGUUUUUCGCUUCGGACGUAACAACUCGGCUAACGAUUGUUCUCCGCGUCUUGCAGCAACAACUGCACAAGUACACCAAACGCGUUCGAUUCAGUCGUUGCGAGAUUGGGUGCAAUUAAAUUAUUUGCAAUAAGACAUGCUUUACAGACGUGUUACGUACUCGUGGCUGAAAAACGCUUUUGGGGCGCGCUCUGAUUUACCUGUCAGAAGUUUAAGCUGUACUGGUAGUCAAGCGAUGAGAUUUGUUCAGUACAAAGACGACAAAGGUCGAGGUUUGGGAAUCCAGGCGGACGAUGGUAAAUGCAUAGUAAGCCUUAGCGGUGCUGAUCGAAAUAUUCCCAUCGAUAUGGUGUCAUUUUUACAAAGUGAAUACUCCAUUGAAAGACUUGAAAAGAUAGCAAACGAAAAAAAAAUUGUCUUACAAUCGGAUCAAGUUGAAUUAUUACCAUGCAUAACUAAACCUGAUAAAGUAAUAUGUGUUGGAUUAAAUUAUAAAGGACAUUGUGAUGAACAAAAAAAACCAUAUCCCAUAGAACCGUUUUUUUUCUCAAAAUUUGCUAGUACAAUUAUUGGUCCAUUUGACCCAGUAAGACAUUCACCAAAAUCAAAAGCAUUAGAUUGGGAAGUAGAAAUGGCUGUAGUUAUUGGAAAAAAAUGUAAAAAUGUAGAUGUCAAUGAUGCCUAUAAUUAUGUAUUCGGUUAUACUAUCGCUCAAGAUAUAUCAGCAAGAGAUUGGCAAAAAACAAGAAAUAAUGGGCAAUGGUUAAUUGCAAAGAGUAUGGAUACAUUUUGCCCUUUGGGAUCAGUUUUGGUGCACAAAAAUGAGAUUCCUGAUCCUCAUAAAUUACAAAUUAAGUGUUCUAUUAAUGGUGUUCUCAAACAAAAUGGUUCGACUGAAGAACUUAUUCAUAAAGUUGAUAAACUUGUUUCAUUUUUGUCAAACUUGAUUACAUUACUGCCUGGAGAUAUAAUUCUGACUGGAACACCUAGUGGAGUAGGUGUGUUUCGAGAACCGAAAGAAUUCUUAAAAGUGGGAGAUACAAUAGAAAGUGAAUUAUCUUGUGUUGGUAAGAUGAUAAAUCCAGUUGUAGCGGAUGAUUAAUGUAUGUAACAUAUUUGUUAUAUUUUUUUGAAUGUUUAUCAUUUUUUAAUUUUUAUUAUAGAUAUUCUUAUUAUGUCACAUUUUGAAUGUACCAAACUAUAUUUGUUUAAUAAAAUUAUAAAAUAUUGUAAGAAA